GAUCUAUGGUAUCAAGCAUUCCAAGAGCUAGAUGAAAAGACUCGGGAAUGGAUCCGAGACCCUUCUGAAUCUAAAGCAGAGAAUGUUCGACAGUGGGUCACAGACCUUGUAACUCUUAUUCAGGAAAGAGAGGAAGAAUACAAUGACAGCUCUCCGAAGCUCAAUGUGAGAGGCUGUGAGAUUAUAUGGAGAGAUUAUGCUAGCAAAGCAGAAACGUUGCUGGCGACAAUUGGGGACAUCGCCGUCAACUUCGCCUUUUCGCUGUCCACCAUUAUCUGCUCUGCUCUAGGAAAACUCAUGAAGACCAAAGUGGCUCAAUACAAAGACCUUGCUGCCAUUUUUGUGUGUGCUGAAAAGGUUCUCAGUCUCACGAGACGAGGCAUGGUUUACGAGAUAGUUUAUCUCCAAGAUGCCUCCUCUAACAUUGCCACAAAGGAGUUGCAGAAGACUCUUGUCGACCUAUACAAGGCAUUGCUACAGCUCCUCAGCUCUAUGCCUGCGCAAUUAAUUGAGAAUCAGGGAUGGCAAUUCUUCCAGGCCCUCGCCUGGAGCGGAGAAGAUGCAGAGCGAGUGUCAGUCCUAUCCACCCACGAGCACAAGUUAUCAAUGGCAAUCCAGGCUUGCGAUACGAUUCGGUUGACAGCACAUCAGAAGCUUUUGCAAAGUCUAAGUACGCCAUUGAGACGCGUCGAUAAAAAUGUAGAAAACUUGACCGUGCUUCUCCAAAAGAAAAGCCUAGAUGAGGCUUUGGACUACAUAAGUGUCAUCCCUAUUGAGAGCCAUCAUUUAGAGAAGAGAGAAACUAGAACUCCAGGGACAUGUGAGUGGCUUUUGCAAGACCCUCGGUUUCUUAAAUGGGAAGAGACGAGCUAUUCUUCAAUUCUAUGGCUUCAUGGUAUUACUGGUGCAGGGAAAUCUUAUCUUACGUCCAAAGUCAUUGAUCGCUAUUGGUUUGACAAUGAAAAGGAUGCUAAACACGACGAAGGAUUUGCCUACUUUUAUUGCAGUCUCUCUGAUCCAGCUCGUCGAAAUCCAACCUCGAUUUACCAGAGCUAUAUUCGCCAACUUGCUCAGCUAUACCACUAUCCCAGGAGGAUUCACAAAAGUAUCUUCAAUUUGUAUUACAAAGCUAAACGAGAGCAGAGAAGUCUCAGUUUCAACGAAUGCAGAACGGCAUUAUCCGAGCUUCUCAAUUCCUACCCACAGACUACUUUAGUACUAGACGCUCUUGAUGAAUGCGAGGUAGAAACUAGAAAAGUGUUGAUGCUCGACCUGAACAGUUUAGUCACUGCCGCUGAGCGCCCGGUCAAGGUUUACAUCGCUAGCCGCAUGGAAGUUGACAUUAUAAGAAAUCUGCGCCAUGGGAGCGAUAUCAGUAUUGAUCCCUCCUAUGGCAAGGGUGAUAUUGAAAAGUACAUUGAACAAGAAAUGAGAUUAUUAAGCAAUAAAUGGAAGUCGGUUUCAGAAAGCGUCAGAGCUAAAGUCAGCCGCACCAUUACUGACCUGGGUAGUGGAAAUUUUGUACUAGCAUACCUCCAGUGGGAGCAGGUCAAGAAAUUGAAAACUAACAGUAGCAUACUUAGGGGGCUAGAGAACCUCCCCAGGAGCCUUGACGAGGCGUAUCACGACAUUUACAGCCAGAAUAAUGAAGCUGAGUUGGUCAUCUUCCAGCGGGUAAUGAAAUGGGUUUUCUGCGCUCAAGAGCCAUUGUCAAACGAACAACUCCUAUCAGCCAUUCGAUUGGAAGCCCAGAAGGACGGCAGGGCUGAAGCAGCCCUUACGACGUCAAGUCCCAUCACCCAAUCCACCUUGGAGUCGAUCUGCGGCAACUUGAUAGUCAGAGAUUCUCGGUUGAAUGUGUGGAAUUUUUUCCAUGCAUCAGCUGCAGAAUAUUUCAAAGGAUAUGUCAAUCACUGGCGGAGAAACGCACACGAAGAUGUGGCAGCGUUGCUGAUUUCGUGCUUGAUUAAUUGCUACUCAAGGUGGACAAUACCGCCCACAGCCGAACAUUUUAAGUUAUGGCUAGAACACAAGCCAGACCUUGACGACUAUCUUGACCUUCGACAUCCCCUUCAAAGCUAUGCAAGGAGAUUUUGGGUACAGCACGCGCGGAGUAGUUCAAACCACCGCCUAGUAUCGCCGAUCCUGAAACGAUUUCUAGGAGCUAGGGGACCGCAAAGAUCUUCAAGUCGACAGUAUCGACUAUGGUGUCGCCAUAUAGAACGUAAUCCUCGUACUAUGCCAGCUUUGGCUGCCACGGAUCUAUUUCCUGUACAAAAAUCCAUUUUCGGGAUUUGUGCCUUGGGCCUCCACACUUUACUUGAAGGCUGGUGGGAGGAGGAUAUCGAUGCAUCGCUAGUUAAUAGCUCUGGGAUGGAUUUGCUAUCAAUUGCUGCCAAAUAUGGUCAUCACAAACUCUGCUCCGACCUUAUCAAGCACGGAAGCGACAUGGAUGGAACCUUGAACAGCGUCCAUGGAAGCGCGCUGUCUGAGGCCAUCGAUAUGAACCAUGUUGAUAUAGCAGCGCUUCUCCUAGACAGAGGCCACAACCCAAAUACCUAUUCUGAUGGCAAAAUUCUUCUGUGUAUUGCUGUUGAAAGAGCAGAAUGGGCUGUUCCAAUGCUUCUUAAAGCAAAGGCGGAUCCGAAUAUCUCCUGCCAACGUUACAACAGUGCUUUAGUAGCUGCUGUAAGUGGAAAAUUGCUACGGUGUGUCAGGUUUCUGAUAAAUCAUGGCGCCGAUGUGAAUGCUCUACUGGAACAUGGAAUGUUUGGUAGUGCUCUAGCAGCUGUUGCAUGUAGGAAAUCGCUAGGGUGUCUCCAGCUUCUCUUAGAGCAUGGGGCCGAUGUGAAUUCUCAACUGAAAUGCGGAGAUUUUGGCACUGCCUUGGCUGCUGCGGUUUUCGGAUGGAGUGAAGACAUUGAGAUUGUCAAAUACUUGGUCGAGGAGGCCGGGGCUGAUACCGGCAUGUUAUCAUCGAAC